UUAUAAAUGGAAGUUUAUUGGGGUUCUGGAAUCUCCUCUGCGUCAAAAGCGUGCAGGUUUUUUGUGUUCUUAUUUGUUAGUCCUUCCUGAGAGCUGAAUUUCCCGGCAAACAAAAACAGGUUUUUGUGGUGUUGAAGAUGUUCAAGAACACAUUCCAAUCUGGAUUUCUUUCCAUUUUAUACAGCCUUGGGAGUAAACCUUUGCAGAUAUGGGACAAAGAAGUUGUUGAUGGCCACAUUAAACGACUACAGGAUGAAGACAUACAGUCCAAUGUACUAGAAAUAAUUGGAUCAAAUAUUCAGUCCACAUACAUUACUUGCCCAGCUGACCCAGCGACAACGCUUGGUAUAAAGCUUCCAUUCUUGGUUAUUAUUGUCAAGAAUCUAAAGAAGUAUUUCACAUUUGAGAUUCAAGUUUUGGAUGAUAAGAAUGUCAGACGACGAUUUCGAGCUUCAAAUUUUCAAGCUGUCACUCGAGUAAAGCCCUACAUUUGCACUAUGCCACUGAGAAUGGAUGAGGGAUGGAAUCAAAUCCAGUUUAACCUGGUUGAUUUCACCAAGAGAGCUUAUGGUACUAAUUAUGUGGAGACACUGCGAGUACAGGUCCAUGCAAACUGUCGCCUGAGAAGGAUAUACUUCUCUGAUCGCCUGUACUCUGAGGAGGAACUCCCACCGGAGUUUAAAUUGUACCUUCCGAUGCAGAAAUCAUGAAAAUGUUGUGGGAGGAAGGAAUUGGGUUCACGAGAGUUGGAUGUUUUUAUUUAUAUAUGUACUACGUACAAUUCUGCCUGUUGGCUUCUUUAUCUAUGUUAUGCCUGAACUAAUAAGAACAUUUGCAACUGUUCAUUCUAGUCACAUUCAGCUGGAUGAUGUUCUGAUGCUUGUCUCUGUAAUAUUGGAUGUCAAUUUUGAUAAUGGUUUUUGUGCUUUUACAUGAUAGUGUCUUAC